AUAAAUUAUAAAAAACUAUAGUCUAUUUGAUAUAAUAAUAUGGGAAGGUCUCCUUUUUGUGAUGAAAUAGGCCUUAAGAAAGGUCCUUGGACUCCAGAAGAAGAUCAAAAACUCAUCAAUCAUAUCAAGAAACAUGGUCAUGGUAGCUGGAGAGCCCUCCCUAAACUUGCAGGUCUUAAUAGAUGUGGAAAGAGUUGCAGAUUGAGGUGGACUAAUUAUCUUAGGCCAGAUAUCAAGAGAGGCAAGUUUUCUCAAGAAGAAGAACAAACCAUCCUCAAUCUUCAUGCUAUUCUUGGCAACAAGUGGUCGGCAAUUGCAACACAUCUACCUGGGCGAACUGACAAUGAAAUCAAGAAUUUCUGGAACACGCAUCUGAAAAAGAAGCUAAUACAAAUGGGGUAUGAUCCAAUGACUCAUAGACCACGAACCGAUAUAUUUAACAGCUUGCCUCAUCUUAUAGCUCUUGCAAAAUUGAAGGAAUUAGUUGAACAUCAUCACUCAUCAUGGGAAGGAUCACAACAAGCAGCUUCUAAUAUUGCAAUGAGAUCACUACAAUCUGAAGUUGCUACUCUUCAAUAUCUGAAUUUCCUUCUUUUACCACAAAACAUACUACCAACUACUAAUGUCAAUAUCCCAGAAAUAGAAGGUUAUAAUAAUCUUUUAAACUCUAUUAAUAUUGCCAAUAAUUCCCUCAACAAUAUUAAUAUCCCACCACCUAAUAAUUCAACUAGUCUUCAAGAUUCAAUCCAUUUCUCCCAUUUACCUGAAUUACAAGACAUGAUAAACACAACUACUACUACUUCUCCAUGGCAACUUCCUCCUACCUCUUCUUCUUCUCCGGCGAUUAUUGCAACAAAUGAUCAAUCAAAUUCCUCCAUUAAUCAUACUGGAGAAGGAGAUAAUACUAAUUGUACUCCUCCUUUCUUUGGAGGAGCAAAUCCUAAUUCAGAUUGGCCUGAUAUUCUUCUUGAAGACUCUUUCUUUCCAUGAUAUUCCCUAGUUGUUAAUUAUAAUUAAUUACAAGAAGAUAUAUAUAUGAUACUGUUGACAGACAUAUCUAUUCAUGAUAUCGAAUAAAAAUGAUCAUCAUUAUCAGAGUAUACCAUGAGUACUAGUAAAUAUGGUAUGUAAGGGCUUGGAGUUUCUUGUUUUACCACUUUUCAUGUCUUCCUCUACUUUUUUUUUU